GGGAGCGGUCAGUGGGCGCCGCACCCCUACGGCCCCAGGCUUGGUGCUUGGGGAGGAGGGCUGGGGAAGAGGAAAAACUGGACAACGCCCUGAGAGGGAGAGAUCGGAAUUUGACUGCCUGGGCCUGUGGCUGUUAGGGCUGGGGGACAGUGACCCGGGGACAAUUUGGGGGCAAAAUACCCAGGGUAGAAUUACGGAGGUACAGUGGCCUAGGGACCGGAGUUUGAAGAUUCAGCAGGAAAAAGAUUUUGGUGUCACAGUAACCAGGAUGCAGGAGUUGGGGGAACUCUGACCACCGGAUGUUUUGGGGGGCACAGUGACCAAGGAGUACCAUAUACGGGACACUGAUGCAGGUUUGCAUUGCUGGAGAUUAGAGGGAUCCUGAGGGGCUGUAAUUGGCUCACUCUGCCUCUGGGGGUCCUGAAGUUGGGGUGUCACUCAUGAAGGGGCGUCACCAGGAAAUCCUGCUCCGGGGGCUGUUCUUAGAGACUCAUUGAUGAGUUGGGAGAUUGACAUUUUUCCGGCCUCACUGAUGAAAGGGACUGGGAGGAGGCAUGGUGAACCGUGUGUGUUCUGAUCUCUUAAAAAGUUACACAGAAUACUCAUAUUUUGUCGUUGGAAGGAAAAACUACAUUCAAACAGGGUUUGACUGCAACCCCUUCAGCCCUCUUACGAGUCCUUUCCCUUUUCCUGUACAUUCUUUCAUGCUAUCUGCGCCUGCCAACAUUUACUGUGUGCUUUUCCUUUUCACUAAGGGAUCGAGAUAGGCGGAGGUUUCUGCUCAGGGCCUUUCCCCUCCCUUACCUUGGGCUGCUUCUCCUCGUUAGCACUCCGUGACAGUAAAUAUUAAAAUGCAUUUUUGCAAACCGCUGCAUGCACGCUCUUGCAAGGCAGGGACGUGGCCGGAACAGAAUCUGGGUGGAGGCUGGGAGGAGGGUGGGUAUCAAUUGACCUCCCUACGCCGCGAGGGUUCCAGCGCAUGCGCUCUGCAGCAGAGCCCGGCUCCCCGCGGGCGCUGUAUAACUGGGGAGGCCAGGCUGGCCUGGGGUGCCGGGUGGACAGCCCUCCCGCGGGAGGUGGCGUGAGCGGGGCGGGGCCGGAACGUGCUUUUUUGGGACCUCGCCUCGGGAGAGCAGAGUUACCCGCCGCACCGACCAUGGCCGCAGCCGCACUGGGUCAGAUUUGGGCCCGAAAACUUCUCCCUGUCCCUUGGCCUCUGUGUGGCCCCAGACGAUAUGCCUCAUCCAACUUUAAGGCUGCAGACCUGCAGCUGCAACUGACGCAGAAGCCUCAUAAGAAGCCUGACCCCAGCAAGCCCCUGGUGUUUGGGAAGACAUUCACCGACCACAUGCUAAUGGUGGAAUGGAAUGAGGAGAAGGGCUGGGGCCAGCCCCGAAUCCAGCCCUUCCAGAACCUCAUGCUGCACCCAGCCUGCUCCGCCAUUCACUACUCACAGCAGCUCUUUGAGGGCAUGAAGGCAUUCAGAGGCAGCGACCAGCGGGUGCGCCUCUUCCGACCCUGGCUCAACAUGGACCGGAUGCUGUGCUCGGCCCUGCGCCUCUGCCUGCCGAGUUUUGACAAGGCCGAGUUGCUCGAGUGCAUCCGCCGGCUGGUGGAAGUGGACAAGGACUGGGUUCCUGCCAGCACGGGUACCAGCCUCUACGUGCGGCCUGUGUUCAUCGGGAACGAGGUGGGCCUGGGGGGGGGGGUCCUGAAGGGGAGGGCUGGGGGCCUGGACUCCUGCGUCCCUGAUGUCCCCUUCUGCCCAUCACAGCCCUCCCUAGGUGUCAGCCCUCCCACGCAAGCCCUCCUGUACGUCAUUCUCUGCCCAGUGGGCACAUACUUCCCUGGAGACGCCGUGAGCCCUGUCUCCCUCCUUGCUGACCCAACAUUCAUCCGCGCCUGGGUGGGUGGGGUCGGCAACUACAAGCUGGGGGGGAAUUAUGGGCCCACGGUGUUUGUGCAGCUGGAGGCAAAAAGGAAGGGCUGCGAACAAGUCCUCUGGCUGUAUGGGCCUGACCAACAGCUCACUGAGGUGGGCACCAUGAACAUCUUCAUCUACUGGACCCACGAGGAUGGGGUGCUGGAACUGGUGACGCCCCCGUUGGACGGUGUCAUCCUGCCUGGAGUAGUGAGACAGAGUCUGCUGGACCUGGCUCAGACCUGGGGUGAGUUCCGGGUAGUAGAGCGGAAGAUCACCAUGAAGGAGAUGCUGCGGGCGCUGGAAGAGGGACGGGUUCGGGAAGUCUUUGGCUCAGGCACCGCUUGCCAGGUCUGCCCUGUGCACCAAAUCUUGUACGAAGGCAAGCACCUCCACAUUCCCACCAUGGAAAAUGGGCCUGAGCUUGUCCUCCGCUUCCAGAAGGAGCUGAAGGCGAUCCAGUACGGAACAAGAGCCCACGAGUGGAUGUUCCCAGUAUGACCCUGCGGGCUGUGCCGGCCACCCCCUGGGAUCCACCGACAUGUAGCGUGUAGUCACCGCCGGACCCUCGCCGCCCUACAAUGACUCACCUGAAGUGCAAUAUAAAAUAAAAGGACGGGGCCCGGGACGCCUGGGUCUCUGGCGCCCCCACGUGGUCGCUACACUCCCAAAGCCUUAAGGGCCGGACCCAGGCGUCUGGGCCCCUAGCCGCGCCUCUCAGGCCUUGGGGAUCUGGCCUCCCGGCUGCUCCGUGUUGUGGGUAAGGGUGUAAUUUGGCCCCGACCCCGCAUCACUCCGUUCUCAGGCCGGAUCUCCUGGUGCUGCUGUUCAUGUAUAUUUUUUCCCUCUUUUUGCUGCAAUUUUGAAGUAAAAUGCCAAAGAACAAGACAGUAGCUGUCAUUUCCAAUGAUGCAAGUCAGGGACUCUAGUGUUUUAACCAGGAAUCCUGGUUCUCAGCCGGUUUCAUUUUUAAGGACCCAGCAAUCCGAGCCCCCAAUGUUCUGGCAGUUUCUCUGACUUGGAAGGUUUUUCAACCUCAUCACAAACUGAGUUUAGCAUCUUCUCCCACUAGCCUGCACUUCCCCCACUUCCGCGUCUUGGGGACAGCCCAACCACACAUCCAGUCACCAGACCAGAUCUCUCGGCACUGUACCCCUUUGCCCCCAAAGCCCUGUCACUCUGCUCUGUCUGUCUCUUCCUCUCUGUCCCCUUGGCGCUGCAUCAGGUCAGACCUUGUCUUCUGCCUGGACGUUUGUCCCAGCCUCCUCUCUGGCCUCAAGUUUGGCCCUGACGUGAAACCGAUAAACAGCCAUUAAUGACUAGGUAGCUAGUAACUAAAGGGAUUUUUUUUUGCAACUAGUAAUUAUAGCUUUUAGUUGUUCGAUUGCCCACUGUUAACUGGGCUGCUUAGGCAAGAUAUUACCCAACUCCCACUAGGUUCCUAUAAAUAACAUCUCCCUGGUGCCUGGGUCACCAUGGUAACAGAUGUUUGAGCUGUUUUUCAGGAAUUAGGACCACUUGUCCAGUUCAGGCCGGUUGAGACCACCAACCCAUCAACGGGGCCCUCGAAGAUGCCCGAUAGGUGACUUUUUUGACGUCAAGAAGCUAAAAACUCCACCCUCAGAUCGUGCUAAGGCUGCCAUUUUGUGAACACGCGUCCUAUGAAGAGCCAUGCAGCUUGCCUACGCUUGCGCAGCUCACCAAUUACCUCACCUCUCCUCACCUCUAAUCAUCUAUUUCCACACCUGUCCCCUACCCCAUAAAUAUCCCUCAGUCACCAUUUUCAGGGAGGCAGAUUUAAGGUUCAUUAUCUUGCCUCCUCACUUGGCUGCCUUGUGAUUAAACUCUCUGCUGCAAUCUCUUUGAUUUGGUGAUUGGCUUUCUGGGCGACGGGCAAAAACAAACUGGGUUCGGUUACAAAAGGGGUCUUUCUACACCCAGAGCUGCCCCCGCUCACUCUCUUCCAGUGCCUGCAGGCAGUACUACAGAUAGUGGGCCCUGGUGGGUGUGGCAUGAGGCUGGAUACUGGACUGUUGGAGGGGGUGAACAUCUAGAAAUC